AUGUGGAAGCAAUUUAUCGGCAAGCUCUCGUGGAAAUCGCUGAAAUCUGGCCCUGGCGGCGGCGGAGGAGGGGGCUCGCCCACGGCGAAGUCCAAUCCCAUGUCUCCCAGGGAGAAUGGGGCAUUCGGGAAGCCCCCCGCCUCGCCCAGGUCCCCCUCGGGGGCCGCCGGAGCCGAGGGGAGGUCCAGGGAGGACGCCUUCAUCGAGAAGGUGACCAUUUGCUGCACGGUGUACGACUUCACCGACCGGGGCAAGGACUCGCCGGAGAAGGAGAGGAAGCGGCAGGUCCUCAUGUCCCUCGUGGACUCCAUUGGCGCCGCCGAGGAGCCCCUCACGGAGGCGAUGAUGUCGGCGUGCGUGCGCAUGUUCGCUGUGAACCUCUUCAGGGUCUUCCCGCCCAAGGUCCGAUCAGGCACCACCACGUCGGAGACAGAGGAGGACGAGCCCUUCUUUGACCCCUCUUGGUACCACCUGCAAGUUGUGUAUGAAUUGCUUCUGCGGUUUGUGACCUCGCCAUUUGUUGACCCCAAGGUAGCUAGGAAGUAUGUGGACAGUUCGUUCAUCUCCAAGCUGCUUGACCUGUUUGAUUCUGAUGAUCCCAGAGAGAGGGACUGUUUGAAGACAGUGUUGCACAGGAUAUAUGGAAAAUUCAUGGGAAACCGUCCGUUCAUCCGUAAGGCCGUGAGCAAUAUCUUCUAUAGGUUCGUCUCCGAGGCCGACCAUCACAAUGGGAUAUCGGAGCUGUUGGAGGUGUUUGGCAGCGUAAUAAGUGGGUUUGCAAAGCCAUUGAAGGAGGAGCAUAAGUUGUUCCUAUGGAAAGCGUUGAUCCCACUUCACAAGCCUAAGACAGUGGGUGUAUAUCUGCCGCAGCUGACCUACUGCAUAACACAAUUUAUAGAGAAGGAACCCAAGCUUGCAGGAACUGUGAUUAGGGGUCUGUUGAAGUACUGGCCAGUUACAAAUAGUCAGAAGGAGAUGAUGUUCUUGGGGGAGCUAGAAGAAGUGCUUGAGUUGAUUGACAUGGCUGAGUUUCAGAAGUGCAUGGUGCCAUUAUUCCGGAGGAUUGCGACUUGCCUCAAUAGCUCCCAUUUUCAGGUUGCUGAGAGAGCCUUAUUCUUGUGGAAUAACGAACAUUUGUUCGAUAUGAUCUCCCAAAACCGUCAAGUGAUUGUGCCAAUUGUAUACCCAGCUCUGGAGAGAAAUGCACGUUUGCACUGGAACCAAUCGGUUCUCAACGUUACUAUGAAUGUGAGAAAAAUGUUCUUCGACAUGGACGAGAGAUUGCUCCUGGCUUGCCAGAGCAACUUCCAAGCAGACGAAGAGAAGCGAGCCGCAGCGGAGGAGCGUCGAAGGCUCACAUGGGAGCAGCUGGAGCGGAAUGCCCGGAAUGCCGACCCUGCAUUCCGACCAGCCAACACGCCCCCUUCUUCGGCCCCUCCGAGAGUCCCCACCGUGACAUGA